AUGGAUUUGAUGCAGAACGACCCCGUGUUGAUAAAGCGAGUACGGGCCAUGCUGGAUGCUGGCGCGGCAGAGCAGGCAGCAGCUAAGUUGCAAGCGCUGAAGCAGCACUGCAACAGCUCGAUAGGGUGGACCACUUACCAGACAGCGCUCGCCGUAGCAGCCGGAGCGGGAGAGCACACGUGUACUGACACGGACGUGUGCCACCCCGGCCAGCGGUGCAAGCCCGUUGAGUCUGGUGGAGUGAGCCUCGCCGAGCGAGCCAACAGUCUCGGCAUUCGGCACGAGACUUUCAGCAACGCACGGCGGCGGAUGCACAAAACGAAGCACGACAUCGCCCCCAAGAUCGCUGCGAGUGAGGGAUGCUACGUGUACAACGAGCGCAAGGCACGGGAGUGA